GCAGGUGCAAGCUUUAAGUGUAGGAAAGAGAUUUACAGUAGUUUGAAAUGGAUGCUACAAAGAAACCACUUCGAAUUCCGCCGAGUUUUGGUGUUUACGCCGAAGAACAUGGAAUAUUUGAUAUGUACAAAAGGCUAUUAUGUCAACUAAUAAUCGAUAAACCUGUAGAGCCGCUUCAGUAUUUGAUAGAUUGGUUAAAAAGAGAUAACAGCAACAUUUCAAAAAUUGCUGUCAUUGGGCCACCAGCCAGUGGAAAGAGUGGAAUUAGCAAAGUGAUGAGCAAGACAAUCAACUCAGUUCACAUCACUUCUGAUGUUUUACUUGAUGAUGAAUUAUCAGAUGCUGCAAAUGAAGCGAAGAAAUUAAUCAGUACUUCCCAAGCUGUUACAGACAAAUUAUGGGUUCAAAUGAUUGAGGAACGUCUGAAACGUAAAGAUUGUCUACGUCGUGGGUUUGUGCUAGAGGGAUUUCCCCAAAAUAGAGAACAAGCCAUCAUGCUACAAGCCAAUGGUUUAAUGUUGAAACAUCUUGUUGUUCUGGAUGCUCCAAACACUGUGUUGGUUGAAAGGCAAGCUGGGAAACGAAUUGAUCCAACCACUGGAGAUGUUUAUCACACAACAUUUGACUGGCCACAAGAUUCAACUGUACAAGCUCGACUGCUUGUACCAGAGGGAAUUUCAGAAACAGAAACUCGGGACAGAUUGAAUGAAUAUUCUCGAAACAUAGAUGGCGUGUUAGCCACUUACCCCCACAUACACAAACUGAUCAACGCUGAUCAACCCAAAGCUGAUGUCCUUGCACAGACCUAUAACUUUAUAAACACACAACUACGAAGUGAAGCUCCCCACACACCCCGCAUCGUGCUCAUCGGAGCUACUGGUAGUGGCAAAAGUUGUAUCGCUCAAAGAUUGGCAACAAAAUAUAAAAUUGUAGACGUAUCAUGUGGUACGCUGCUGAAGGAGCAAGUUGCAAAUAAUACAAAGAUGGGAGAAGCUCUCCGUGAGUUUGUGAGCGGGGGAGAGAGGGUUCCAAACUCUCUCGUUACCAAAGUAGUUGCCGAUCGACUGAUGCAGCUCGACGCUUCCUCUAGGGGAUGGGUGCUACAUGGAUACCCGCUUACAAGGGAUCAAGCUGAAGGCUUAUUUGAUGCUGGUUUGCAACCAAACAGAAUUUACUUUUUUGACAUCCCAGAUGAUUGCGUCAUUGAAAGACUUUGCUACAGAAUUACCGACCCUAUCAGUGGAGAAAGAUACCAUACAUUGUACAACCCUCCAAGAUCCAAUGAUGUCAAACAAAGGUGUCUUCAAAAUUAUAAAGACAGUCAGAACAACGUGAGGCAAUUGCUGAACGAAUAUCAUUCGUAUGCUGAAGAGCUCACAGAUUAUUACUCAGAAGAAGGGGCUCUUCGCAUCAAUGCAGAUCAAGACCCGCAGACAGUAUUCGAAUACGUAGAAAGUACUUUGGUCAACCCAUUACCAGGUCAUCUGGGUCAAAAAGACUACUAACAACUCUCGUGCGAACAUUUAUUGGCAGUUAAACAUAACAACAUGUAACAUGUAUGUACAAACUGUAUUCCAAGAACA